GACAAAAAGCAUUCGACAAUAUGUGCAAUUACAUCGACGAAGUUCAAACAAAGAUCGCAACUGAUGAGGAAAACGAUGAGUUUACGAGACCGCAUAUCAAUAUGAUUACAGAAAGCUGCGAAAUAGUAUUGGAGUGGGUUAAAAAAAAUUAUGAUCGAAUUACAUCCGAUACCAUUAUAUCAGAGCAGCGUAAUCUACGAACAACGAUUGAGGAUAUUUAUGAUAAAAUGCAAGCAAGCAAAAUUGAGGCAGAAGAAAAAUUUCGACAGCAAGCCCUAACUGCUGUACAUGAUUACAUUGACGAUGUUUGUAAAAGUCUGGAAGCUGAAAGAGAAACGGACAAAACAAUCGUCCAGUGCAUAGAUACAAUAUACAAGCAAUGCACGAAUGUAUUCAAAUGGACUAAUGAAAAUUACCAUCAAAUCACUUGCGGAAGCAUUUUAUCAGAAUUUGAUAACUUACAGAAAAAUGUCAAUGAUAUUUUUAAUGUGUUACAAGCCAGAAAAAUAGAGAUAGUCGAAGCUGAGCGUGAACAACAGCGAGUAGAAGCGAUUAGAAAACGCGCUGGAGUAAUCAACAAUCUCCGAGCAUACAUUUCUGAUGCCAGGUCGCUGGUUGUAUUCAAACAGUUCAGGAACAGAUUGACUGAAGGAGAUUUGGGGUUAAUAUUUGGCCAAUGUGACAUUGCAGAAAGACACAUCGAGGAAAAUUCAGAUACGAACCAACUAGAAGUCCAAUACUCAGAUCUGUGUAAUCUAAUUGAACAUGUGUACAAAAAGUUGGAACGAAUUGACACGUUAGAAAAAGCUGAGUUGGCAAAGAGGCAAGCCGAAGAGCGAAGGAAGAAAGCUGAAAUGUCUCAAAAAUUAAAGAAUUACAUCGACCGUGUCCAAUGUUUUACUGUGUUUGAACCUCUUACGAAUAGAUUGACAAAAACUGAUGAAACCAACAUUCAACAUGAAUGCAUCAAAGCAAAUCGGUUCUUAAUUAAUAGCGGUGAAGGCCCGAAUUCCGACAUUCAUUAA